UGCGCCCCACCUUGUUUCGAUCACGUGACGCGAGCUUACGAAGAUGGUGGAAGUUUCUUCUUCCUUGAAGUGAAGCUCCGACUGAAUUCUAAACACCGAGGGCUAGGAGUUCACUGCAGCAUUACCAGUUUGGGUUUAUAGACUUAAAAAUAGGGCCUUCAGCCCAGCCCCUAUGUCAUGGCAAGUGGAGUCACCAAGCCGGGCCCUUCCAACGGUCACCCUAUCAAGGCACAGCUACAAAUCAUCGUGCUAUCUGCAAAGCUCAAAGAGAACAAGAAAAACUGGUUCGGCCCCAGUCCCUAUGUGGAAGUGACAGUCGACGGCCAGUCCAAGAAAACUGAGAAAUGCAAUAACACCCACAGCCCCAAAUGGAAGCAGCCGCUCACUGUGAUUGUGACUCCAUUCAGCAAACUGGUGUUCCGCGUGUGGAGUCACCAGACGCUGAAAUCCGACGUGUUGCUGGGCAUAGCCACGCUGAACGUCAGUGACACGCUCAAGUCUAACGAAAUGAAAAUUUCUGAGGUGGUGCAGACCUUACAGCUGUGUGCAGACAGAGACCAGUCCGAUGUGGUGGGAGACCUCUCCGUCUGCCUGGACGGAAUGACCGUCGACCCAGAGAUGUUCGCCACUGCAGAGGCCGACCAUCACAGUACUUCAAACGGGGAAUCCCAACCCAAUGGGGAUCAUGUCACAAGGCGGAGUCGAGACAGCUCCCCUGCUGUGAGCGUGGACGGCGUCGAGCACAGGUCUUCUCCCAGUGGACGGAGGUCGGUGCACAGCGCGGGCUCUCCCUCUGUGUCUUCAGGGGGCACGAGGCCUCUCCGACCCCCCAGGCCCUCCAGACCUCCCCCUCCAACCCCGCGCAGACCAGCCUCUUCACCAGCAUCUUCUAGCAGUGGCUCCGCAACAGCUGACGGCAGUGAUGGUCAGUCAGGUUCUGACACACCGAUUCGAACACCAGCCUCAGGACCUUCACCGGCCCCAGGACCUUCACCGGCCUCAGGACCUUCACCGGCCCAAGGACCUUCACCGGCGCCAGGAUCAAGUCCAUCAGCGGGCUCGGAGAGGAACUCUACAGCAGCGUCCAGUGCCGGGGCUGCGGACAGCCAGCCAGCAGCGCCCCCCCCCGCCACCCCUGCUGUCACUCCGAGGGUCCCCGCUGUCAGCACCGGGCCCCUGCCCCCAGGGUGGGAGCAGAGGGUGGAUCAGAACGGCAGGGUGUAUUUUGUGGAUCACGUGGAAAAGAGAACAGCGUGGGAACGCCCUGAACCACUGCCCCCUGGCUGGGAGCGUCGAGUCGACCAGAUGGGGCGGGUCUACUUUGUCGAUCACAUGACCCGAACCACCACGUGGCAGCGCCCCACCAUGGAGACGGUGCGUAACUACGAGCAAUGGCAGCACCAGCGCAGCCAGUUGCAGGGGCACAUGCAGCAGUUCAACCAGAGGUUCAUAUUCGGGCUACAAGAGCAGGUCUCAGCCACUCAGAAUAAGGAGUUUGAUCCUCUCGGGCCUCUGCCACAUGGAUGGGAGAAGAGAACAGACUCCACUGGCAGAGUUUAUUUUGUACAUCACCCUACGCGAGCAACACAGUGGGAGGACCCACGAACACAGGGUUUGCUGAAUGACAAGCCUCUCCCUGAGGGCUGGGAGAUGAGGUUCACUGUAGACGGUAUUCCCUACUUCGUGGAUCACAACAGGAGAACGACCACGUACAUCGACCCUCGCACUGGAAAAUCGUCACUUGAAAACGGACCUCAGAUCACCUACGUUCGAGACUUUAAAGCCAAAGUACAGUACUUCCGAUUCUGGUGCCAGCAACUGUCAAUGCCUCAACACAUCAAGAUCAGCGUAACCAGGAAAACCCUGUUUGAGGACUCCUUCCAGCAGAUUAUGAGCUUCAACGCUCAAGACCUGCGAAGGAGGCUUUGGAUCAUCUUCCCUGGAGAAGAAGGCCUCGACUACGGAGGCGUUGCCAGGGAGUGGUUCUUCCUGUUGUCCCAUGAAGUUUUGAACCCCAUGUACUGCCUGUUUGAAUAUGCCGGUAAAGAUAACUACUGCCUCCAGAUUAACCCCGCCUCCUACAUCAACCCUGACCACCUUAAGUAUUUCAAGUUCAUCGGACGCUUCAUUGCCAUGGCUCUUUUCCACGGCAAGUUCAUCGACACAGGUUUCUCACUGCCAUUCUACAAGCGCAUCCUGAACAAGCCCUUGGCCCUCAAAGACCUGGAGUCGAUCGACCCGGAGUUCUACAACUCACUCAUGUGGAUCAAGGAUAACAACAUCGAGGAGUGCGGGCUGGAGAUGUUCUUCUCCGUCGACAAAGAGAUCCUCGGGGAGAUCUCCACCCAUGAGCUGAAACCAGACGGGGGAGAGCUCCUGGUGACAGAGGAGAACAAGGAGGAGUACAUCAGGCUGGUAGCAGAGUGGAGGCUGUCCCGAGGAGUGGAGGAGCAGACUCAGGCUUUCUUUGAAGGCUUCAACGAGGUCCUCCCUCAGCAGUACCUGCAGUACUUUGAUGCUAAAGAGCUCGAGGUGAUGCUGUGUGGUAUGCAGGAGAUCGACCUCGCAGACUGGCAGAAAAACACCAUCUACAGACACUAUGCUCGAAGCAGCAAACAGAUCGUCUGGUUCUGGCAGUUCAUAAAGGAGGCGGACAAUGAGAAGAGGAUGAGGCUGCUGCAGUUUGUCACAGGAACCUGUCGCCUACCUGUCGGAGGCUUUGCUGACCUUAUGGGAAGCAAUGGUCCACAGAAGUUCUGUAUCGAGAAGGUGGGAAAAGAAAACUGGCUUCCCAGAAGUCACACGUGUUUCAACAGACUGGACUUGCCGCCGUACAAGAGCUAUGAGCAAAUGAAGGAGAAGCUGCUGUUUGCCAUCGAGGAGACGGAAGGCUUCGGACAGGAGUGAGAGGAAUCAGGAGGAGUUUGAUUAGUGGGUGCAGGACUCUGAAGGAAAAAAACACCACCAGUGUUCAAAUCAGGGAGCCCCUUCAGAGAAAGCGGGUGUUUUCAUUCUACUCAUGCAUGCACGCACGCACCCGUUUGCUACUCCUACGGGUGCGUGUGUGAGACCGUCGCCUGCAUGUUGUUGCUACGGAGCUGGGAUUUUUGGUCUGCCCCGCUCGCGGCAGGCCUCUCAAUGCUCGAUAAGUACGUGAAAAAUUGUGUAUUCUCCUGAACCUGAAGCUGCUCCCAUCUCUCAGAAUGUGUGGCAAAUUGUGCAUGGGAUCCUGAAAACGCACCCUCCAUAAAAUCUGCAGGAUAUCUCCCCUCCUCUCAUCAUGUAACGGCGAGCAACGGGGGGCAACGGAGCUACAGUUGAAAUCUUAAAACCAGAAAGGGCUCAGGUUCUUAAAGUAGAGUCUUGUGACUUUGACCAUGAUUUAAUAACUAUAAGUGUUCAUUUUAAGAUAAGAUUGAGAGGGUGUGCUUUUUCUUUAACGGGGUUUAAGGCACAAAGAGUAGGAUUUGUCAGUUCGAAUUUUGUUAACACAUUUAAAUUCAGCCCCGGUCCAGAUCCACACACUUCUAAUAGCUCAUAAGUGAUGAUGAGACAGAAUUUAUUUUUCUAUACAUUUGAGAAAAAUCCUACUCAUUGUGCCCUUUUUAAAAUUUCACCAAAAAGCAAACUUUGUUGCCCUAAGAUUGUUUAUCAUGUCCACAUUUAAAAUCGUGAAAAACGGUGACUUUGAUCAUCACAUCUUUAAAUCUCUCACACUUUCACUCUGCUCUUGACUAAAGUGGAUUUUUUGUGACCAUGUAAAAAGAUAGCUUAGUUGCGUGCCCCAUUUUAAUGCUUAAAUAACAGACAAUCUUGGUGCUGCAAAGAGAUUUUUGCGACAUGUCUAAACCGCGCGUAACAAGAGAGAAACUUAUUUUUCGGUGUUCUUUAGUAUUUGAUCUGUGAAUCGCUUGAUGAUUGUGAAAAGUGUUGGAGCCUCCACUAUUUGAAAGUAGUGGGAAAUGUGGACAAAAGAAAUUAGACUGACCCUAGUUUUAUAGGGGAAGAGUUUGGUCGCUGUUAUGGGAAGGGGGAGUCUUGGAUUAUAGAGAAUUCUGGGAGUAUUUUAUAAGUUAUUCGUGUUAAGAUUAGCUUCAGAGGGUUAUUUUUAAUUCACGGGGUGAUAAAAACAAGAUCCUGAAAAAUCUAGUGGGAAUGAAGUAUUUUAAGAGAUGUCUGAAGUACUCGAAAUGUACGUCGAUUAAUGUCAGAACUUUAAAUUAUUAUUUUUAGAAUGCAAGUGAAAAACACCAAAUGCAAGUCAAACCAAAUCUUGUUUUUCUUUUAGUUUAGAUAAAAUCUGAAGUGACUUUUUGAAUGCAUUCUUUGCAAAAAUCCAAAAGAAAUUGCAAGAAAAUAUACAUGUAGCAUUUGAAGGAGAUUGGUGAACAUAUUGCCCGACAGCCUACCACAAAAUGAACAGGAACAUGAAAUGACACUCUUUUUAUUUUCAAGAACUCUGUCAAAUGAUAUAUUUAAAAUGUUUGUUUUUCCUCCAUACUCAAAAUAUAGUUUACCUAUUUACUUCAUAACAGUCAAAAUCCAUCUGAUGUCAGUUUGCUUUUUCAGACCGAGACACUGAUUUUAAAUGUAUGUCUGACACACAGAAUAAAAUAAUACCUGUGGCAGUUUU